AUGUGGGGGCCGACUCGAAGCCGAAAUCCGCUCCCCGAACUCUUGUCGGAAGCUCUGCAGGCUGAAUCCGUACAAGUCUGCCCGGCAGGCGCGGACUACGAGAAGAGAGCGCAAUCCAAGAAGCUGCUUGAAGAUCUCAGCAGCAAGCUGGCCAGUGCCGAGAUCGAGGUGGAGAAGGCAGCAAUGAUGACUGCUCCCCUGGGUGGUGACAACCCAGAAGGCGUCAAGGAGACGGAAGCCGCCUUAGCGACCGCCCAGUCUCUCCUGGCACAGACGAAUCGCCUGGUCGACUCAAAGCUUCGCACGGCCGAGAAGGCGAACGAGCUGCUGAUGGCCGAGCUGAAGGGCAUGCAGGAGCGGGGAAAGUUGGCUCAGGAGAAGCUGGACGAAGUCCGGCGAAGCCUCAAGGAAACGCAGGUGCGAAUGGCCGCUGACGCCUUGAUGAAGGAGGUGUCAGACAAAGUCGCCUUCGCGGAAGACGAGCUCCAGAAAAUGGCCGAAGCCGAGCUGCCAUUCCUCCGAAAUGACAAAGACCAGGAUCAGGAUGCACUGUUCUUGGAGGCAGACAAGGUGGCCGUGCAGGUCCACUCGGCACUUGCGGAGGCCCAGAGCUUCGUGGCCCGGAAGCUGGUGGAGGUGGCAAAGUUCUCCGAUGCCCCGGGUCAGACAGUGAGAGAGGAGGUGGACAUGCUGCAGAAGAGGCUGGAGGAGGGCCGCGACCGCCUGCAGCAAUUCAGGACGAGCAUCGCAGAGAGAAAGCGGUCUCACUUGCUGGAGGAGGUCGAGCAGAAAGUCUUGAAAGCAGAGGAGGAGGUGAAGCGAAUGACGGAAGUGACGGCGCAGCUGCCAAGCUUUGGGAAGGCCGGGGAGUCCGUGUCCGAAGGCCUCUCUGAGACCUUAGAGCAGGCGAAUCAUGCAGAGCGCGCCGCCCAAGCAAGUGUGGUCACCGCUCGGAAAUACCUGCUCCAGAAGACAGCGGAGCUGAAGAAGUUGGCCAUGGCCGGGGCCCACGGCGGCUCCGGCGGCGAGCUCGGGCGCCUGCAGACGAGGGUCAACAACAUGCAGCAGGACAUCGCAAAGCUCCGCAGCAGCAUCAAGGAAGCCGAGGAGCGGCUUCGUGUCAAGCAGCUACUCGCCGAGGUGCUGGAAAAGCUUCAGCUUGGUGAGGAGGAGGUGGAGAAAGUCGCAGCGGCAGCUACGCCGGAACAGCCUUCCUCGGAGGCCGUGGAGAAGAUGGAGAAGGCGAAUGCUUCAGCGCAGAUGAAGCUUUCGACCACUUUGCACUUGGUGGAGAUCAAGCUCAAAAGUGCUCAGGGCUUUCUGCAGGAGGAGCUCACCGCCAUGCAGCUUCGCAUCAAGAAGGCAGAGAAGAAGCUGGAGAAGGUCAUUGCUGCCGCAUCCGAGCAGAAGGAGCGGCUGCGGGCAUCCGAGCUGAUCGCCCAAUGUCUGGACAAGGCAGACACCUGCGAGGCGGCCUUGCGCAAGGCCUCGGAAGCAGAGCUGCCUUUCCUCAAGGGUACCGAGGCGUUGUCCUCUGCCGAAACCCAGAAGGCCGUGGCAGACUGCGAGGCGGCAGCGGCAGUGGCGCAGAAGGCGAUCACCGAUGCCCGAGCUGUGACGCUGCAGAACCUCGCGGCCGCCAAGGAGUUCGCCGGCGCCGAGGAGUUCUGCACAAAGGACCUGCUCCUGCUCCAGAAGCGCUUAGAUGGCAUGGCCGGGAAGCUCUCCGAGUUGAAGAAGGAGACUGCCGACAGAAAACGCAAGGCACAGCUUGGAGCUUCGAUCGAGAAAGUCGCACAGGUCGAGGCCGCAGUCGCGAAGCUGGCUGCGAUGAUGCAGCCCUUCUCGGACAGUAGCCCAGAGGCACGAGCGGUUGUCGAGGAGAUUAGCCAAGAGGAGAAGCGGGCCGAGACGUUGCUCACCGACUGCAAGAAGUUUCUGAACCAGCGCGUGACCGAAGCGAAGGCGCUUGCGGAGGCGCAGCGCAAGCCAUUCCUGGACGACUUGUCCAAGAUUCAGGCCCGCGUUACCGCUGCCCACGUGGAGCUGGCGAAUUGCCAGAGCCGCACGGAGGCUUUGCGAGUGGCGCAUGCGCAGGCGCAGCUUGGGGCACAGCUUGGUGCUUCGAUGGAGAAAGUCGCAGAAGUCGAGGCCGCAGUCGCGAAGCUGACUUCGCUGAUGCAGCCCUUCUCCGACGAUAGCCUCACGCAGCUCAGUAGCCCAGAGGCACGAGCGGUUGUCGAGGAGAUUAGCCAAGAGGAGAAGCGGGCCGAGACGUUGCUCACCGACUGCAAGAAGUUUCUGAACCAGCGCGUGACGGAAGCGAGGACGCUUGCGGAGGCGCAGCGCAAGCCGUUCCUGGACGACUUGUCCAAGAUUCAGGCCCGCGUUACCGCUGCCCACAAAGAGCUGGCGAAUUGCCAGAGCCGCACGGAGGCUUUGCGAGAGGCGCAUGCACAGGUGAUCAAAACCAUCCUCUUCCAGGCGAAGAAUGUCUUGAGGACCGCAUUUCGAAAGCAAGGCAUCACCCGCGAUGCGGCCUUUGAAAGCGCCCUGAAGGGAGACGCGGAGCAGCUUUCCCUGCCUGAGUUCCAAGCGUAUGCCUCCGGCUUGACAGCUGACCUGACGCAGGAGCAGGUCGCGCUCUUGUACCGGGAGUUUGCUGGGAAAGAGGGCAUGAGCCGGCCGGCCUUUUUCAAGGCCGUCCAGGAGUACGCAACCUGCAUUCGCGAAGUGGCCAUGACCGAGGGUUUCACGAUCUCCUCCUCGUCGACGGUCCGCAAGAUACAGACGUCGGAGCUGGUGGAGGUCCUGGCGGGCCCAGAAGAGGACGAGGAGUCCAAAGUCCGCCGAGUGCGCUGCCGAGCACUGAAGGACGCGGCAGAGGGCUGGGUCACGAUCAAGGGCAACCAGGGGACCGCAUUCCUGAAGCCGCGGGAAAAGCCUUUCCUAGUGGCCAGCAGCGCCACGGAACUGCGAGAGGCAAGCGGCGCCGAGGCGUCCAUCCGAAGCCUGGAGGCCGGGGAGAAGUUGGAGCUCCUCGAAGGGCCCCGCGAGGUUGCCCCCGAGACAAAGCUCUUCUUGAGGGGCGCCGCAUGUAAGGAUGCGGCACAAGGCUUCAUCUGUCUGCAGGAGCUUUCCGAUAAACCGGCGCCCAGCGAUCGGUACUACGUCUGCAAGUCCGUGAUCGCCAUGACCCAGGACUUCGACCUGACAAACUGCAAGCCCAUCAGGAAGGUGAGUGUUGGCGAGACCCUGGAGCUCUUGGAGAGCGAGGAAAGUGCCGAAAGUGCCUCCGCGUCUCCUUUGGCCCGGCUCCGCUUCCGGGCGCUUCAGGACGGCCGGGAAGGCUGGGUGACGCUGAAGGGGAACCAGGGCACCGUGUACCUGGAGCAGAGCAAGAGCCACUUUCUGCUGGAACGCGCAGUGAGCCUAAAGAGCAGCGUGAAGGGCACGGAGGUCCUUCGUCAGCUCGAGGCCGGCGAGGUCUUCGAGGCCAAGGGGAAGCCGGUGAAGAUCACGCCCCAAACCUGUGUGGUGAUGCGGGCGAGGUCUCUCAUGGACUGGAGGGAAGGCUGGAUCUCCUUCGUCCCCGGCCCUUCGGCUCCCAUUAAGCCUUUCAUCUCCAAGGCAGCGCAGGAGUGA